CCCAUCUCUGCUAAAUACUCUCUGCUGUGCCUCACACAUGGUCUUACAGUAAGUGUGUAGCUGUUGAUCUAUGCACACGUGUAGUGGACAGCUACAUGAGUUACAUGAAUUUGGUCCAUUGAAACUGAAACACAUUUUGAGAGGUGCAGAAAUCAAGUCAUGGCAGGAAGGGGUCGUGGAAGAAGCCAGUUUACCUUCAAUGUGGACGCUCUGGGUUUUGGGAGAGGAGACGCUUUACCCACAAGCUCACAAACACCUUCUCCUCUGUUUCCUCCUAUGCAGUUUCGUCCAGUGCCUCUGCAUACAGGAGAAGAGGUGGAGUAUAUGCUUGCACUUAAACAAGAGUUGAGAGCCUCCAGUAAGAAUCUGCCUUUCCACAUCAGAGCAGCCCAAACAAAGAAAGAUGUUGCUCGUUACUCUGAUAAAUAUCAAAAUGGAGAGCCAAAGAACAACAUCAUUGAAUGGAGUCCAGACUGGAGUCGACUGCCUAAAGAGCUUUGCAUUAAAGUACGAAAACCCCGGAAACCAAGUGCCAAACCACAACUCAAGCAAAGACCAAAAAUAUCUGUGGGCAAAGAAGAGGUUCUCAAAACACUAGAGACUCUGGAGAAGAAAGAGCAGGAGCAGCAUUCUGAGGAAGAGGAUGAGGAGAAGAAGAAACAGAACAAUGAGGAGGAGGAGCUGGACGGGGAUGAAGAUUAUGAUGAGGAAGAGCUUGAAGAUGAGACUGACUACAUCAUGUCUUACUUUGACAACGGAGAAGAUUUAGGAGCAGAUAGUGAUGACAAUAUGGAUGAAGCCGUCUACUAAUGAUUUUAAGAUACAUUUUAUGUAAGGUUUUUGUCAUUAGGGAUGGCAAUUUGAAAUGAAUGAGUUCUGGAGUACCAAGCUAUGAGGUUCAACAUACCAAAAAACAAGGAGAGGACGCAUGCGAACAAGAAGUGUCUUAAUUCAAGCACAUUCUCUGUCCUAACUGUCACAUAUUGAAUCAAGCCAUGACAAGUGACUGACUUCAGUUUCAUUGCUAAUACUAUUGAGACACAGAUGCUGCUACUGAGAUGUUGAGUUCAUCUUUUUGUGCUGUGAUUUCUACGCUGCUUGACAUAAACUGCAAAAGUGAUCAACAUACACUACUGGUCAAAAGUUUUGAAACACUUGACUGAAAUGUUUCUCAUGAUUUUAAAAAUCUUUUGAUCUGAAGGCGUAUGCUUAAAUGUUUGAAAUCAGUUUUGUAGAUAAAAAUAUAAUUGUGCCACCAUAUUAAUUUAUUUCAUAACAAAACUAAAAUUGUAUUUAAAAAAAAUUUUUUUUUGAAAUUGAUGACUUGGAACAAAUAAUAAAGAAAAGCAGCCAAUAAGUGCCCAACAUAGAUGGGAACUCCUUCAGUACUGUUUAAAAAGCAUCCCAGGGUGAUACCUCAAGAAGUUGGUUGAGAAAAUGUCAAGAGUUCAUGUCUGCAAAUUCUAGGCAAAGGGUGACUACUUUGAAGAUGCUAAAAUAUAACACAGUUUUGAUUUAUUUUGGAUUUUGUUUAGUCACAACAUAAUUCCCAUAGUUCCAUUGAUGUUAUUCCAUAGUUUUGAUGACUUUACUAUUAUUCUAAAAUGUGAAAAAUACAAUUAUAAUAAAGAAUGAGUAAGUGUUUCAAAACUUUUGACCAGUAGUGAACAUGCUGCUGCUUUUCUGGCUGUGUGCUGUAAUGUUACUGAAACAACCAAGACAAUCUCAUUGAGUACUUUUAUAUUAAGAAAAAUAUAUUGGCUCAAAUGGACCAGCUUUAAAAAAAGGAAAGAGGUCAUCAUUCCUGUUUGUGCAGGAGAGGACACUAUAAAACAUUUUAGUUUGUGUAUUUAGUGCACCACUCGUUUACACCUGAUAAUGUCUAGAUUUGUGAAUUACUGCUGUUUAAGACUAUUUUAAAUGGUUUUAGACUAAUUUAAACCUUUAAGUUUUUUUGAGCGUUCCUUGUGUGUAAAUGUUAUUUAAAGUAAUAAUUCACCCAAAAGUGAAUCAUUUUGCCAUUAUUUACUGAUAAGGGAAGAUCAUCAGUGAAUAAAGACAUACAUUUCAGUCCUGCAGUGCAAUAGGCAGGGUUGGGAGGGUUACUUUUGAAAUGUAUUCAACUACAGAUUACAGAAUACAUGCUGUAAAAUGUAAUUUGAAACGUAUUCCGUUAGAUUACACAAGGUCAGUAACAUAUUCUAAAUACUUUGGAUUACUUCUUCAGCACUGGUAGAUUUUUUCACUUGUUUUUACUAUAAACAAGUGAAUAAAGUAAGAAAAUACACUUCACUGUAAAAAUACAUUCUUUGAAAAAAAACUUAUGCAGUUUUGCUGCUCAACUAAACUUAUUUGUUUUUAAGGAUUUUUAGAUAUUUUUACAGAAAAACAAUGUUUAAAUUCUCAUUAAUACCAUUUUUGCAGUUAGGAUUAGGUUAGACUAAAUAUUAAAUGAAACAAAUGACAAUAAAAUGCAAAGUAAUCUCUUCAGUAAUCAAAAUACUUUUUGAAUGUAACUAUAUUCUAAUGACCAUUGGAAUACAGUUACUAAUAUUUAGUAUUUUACAUACGUAAUCCUGUUACAUGUAUUCCGUUACUCCCCAACACUGGCAAUAGACCGUAUCAAAGUCUUUCUAGCAAGUCAGUCCACUGUCGGCCAUCUUUGGAACGCUCUCGGGACGCUAUUUCCAGUCAUGCCAGUGCAGCUCCUAUCGACUUGAAUGGGGGAACGCUUGGUCAAGAUUACGAUCAAAGAACAUAUUUCAAAUAAGCAAUAAAAUCUGACAA